AUGGACGACAAUUCUUCUGCCGGCUUCGUCCACGAUUCAAAACACCCCUUACCGAAUAAUGACAAGGAGGCGGAUCGCCUGCAAGCUGUACAUUACUUCUUAAAGAAUAUUUUUCAAUCGAAUUAUAUUGCUCCUGUCCAACAAAUUCUCAAAAAUAACAGCGCGCAAGUGCUUGAAGUCUGCAUUAAUGAUUGGAAUACCAAAGUCAUUCCAGAAAUAGUAAGGGUAUCAAAGCCUUCCGCUUUCUUUGAACUUUGCGAACUUGACGUUCAUUCCGUAAAUGCUGGCCCCAUCAUGAAGAAAAUUACCAACGCAGAAAUAUCCCUUGGCUCCUCUCGUGGGGUCGAUAGUGCAAUUUUCGAUAAAAUUGGUGAUUUUCUUUUGGCUAAUAAAGCCCUGACCAAUAUUAAUCAACAACAAAAAUACUGCCCUCUUGGCACUUGGGGUGGCGAAUCUGGUAAAAUGAACGUUGAAAUGUUUCGUGAUUCAUGUUUAGCGGCUCAAUCGCAAAUGGCUAAAUUUAUGAACAUAACUUCUCAAGAAUUUGAAGAUAUGGUUAAUGACUGUAUAAAAGAGGCCGAAACUUUUCGUACUUACUCGAAAAUACAUCUUAUUUAUGCUCAAAAGAUUGCUCCAUCAAUCUCUGUGUAG